AUGCCGCGCCACCUGCUGCAGCAGCCCGUCGACCGCCUGGCCGCGAUGGCCGCCGCGCCGGCCGUGGUGGCCGGCGGUGCGACGAGCGUGCACACGGACACGCUGCUCAUCCUGGCGGCGGUGCUCUGUUUCGUGCUCUGCGUGGUCGGGCUGGGGAUGGUCGCGCGCUGCUCCCGCAUGUGCAACCCCUCCGCCUUCUCCGUCGACGCGCCGGGUGCAAUGGCCAAGUCGCCGUGCAAGGGGAUGAAGAAGAAGGCGCUGGAGUCGCUGCCCACCGUGUCGUGGCAGCCGGAGCCGAGGAAGGUGGACGAGGAGCGGCCGGAAUGCGCCAUCUGCCUGGCGGAGUUCACGCGCGGCGACGAGGUGCGCGUGCUCCCGCACUGCGGACAUGGCUUCCACGCCGCCUGCGUCGACGUGUGGCUCCUCUCCAGCUCCACCUGCCCGUCCUGCCGCCGCGCCCUCGUCGUCGCGGCCGCCCAAUCGCCGGCAGCCACCGAGUCUCCCCCUCCCCAGACGUGCCGUGAGCGUGCCGACGUAGUCACGGCUGCGCAGGCCUCGGCCGCCGGCACAGUGGCCGACGAGUCCGGAGUCCGGACGAGGCGCUUCCACCUCUGA